AUGACAGAAACAAGUGAUACAUUUUCUAUGACUCCACCUAUGUCACCUCCAUUGACGUUUGAUUUAGAAGAGCUUCCACAUCAUCAACCAAACAAUUCAGCAGAAGAUUUCAUGGAGGUUCAGUCAGAUGUCCUGUUUGAUAGAUUUCCUGAUUUGUGUUUUACUUGUGCUGGAGAAGUCAGAAUAGGAAAAUCUAACCUCCAUAGUAAAAGUUAUUUAAGAUAUGGUGGACUUAAAAGAUUGUUAUGUGAAGAAAAAACAAUACAUCCUUGGUGUAAUAAUUCUACUAUUGAUCUAUUUGGCUAUCAGUUUAUAACUCAGCUUGCUUUAUCAGAGGACAUGGAGCAGCUCUUUAUGUUUGCAAAGAUGUGUAUUAACAAUAUACAUAACAGUUCUAUAGAGUCAGGCUUCCUUUCUAAUCAAGCUAGUAAAGUUACACAAUUAAAUGAAAAUAGAAAAAGUUUAAGAACAUUUUUUCAGUAUAUUGUAUUUUAUAUCAAACAAUAUAUGAAUAAUGAAGAGAAAAAGAACAGCAGUAUAUUGAACAGUAUAAUAGAUAAUUUACAUGGCAUUUUAUUAUAUAUUGGUAAAAUUAGUGAUUUAUCAUCAUCUAUAGUAGUUAACAUAGCACAGAUAACACAACAGAGUAACAGUGUAUUGAGUCAUCAAUAUCAUAAUUAUUUAGAAGUUUAUUGGUCUAUUGUAGAAAUUAUUUAUACCAUCGGUACCGUCAAUUCAGAUUAUAGAUACAAUACACAUGUAACAGUUAUAGAUGAAAAUCAACAGAAUGAUACAAUAUUUAUAUAUGAAGUAAUAGAUGUUAUACUAACAGAUUUGAUACAUAUUGCUGUAUAUAGAAAUAACAAGGGAAAAAAAUUCUUCAUUAUUGUGACAUAUUGUUUCAUAAUAAAAAGUGAUAAUUCAACACCAUUUAAUUGUACAUGUUGUAUGGAACUAUGGAUAAUGUUGACACAUACAGUACAGAAACUACAUACACAAUAUAAUAAAGAAUCAUUUAUGGUAAGAUUACAUAGAAUUUUACAGACAUUAAAUACUAGCACAGAUAUAUCAGAUGAUAUAGAUAUUGAUAGUACUAUAUUUUAUAAUAAUUUUGAGAAACCAAAGAAUUAUUUACAGUUUUCACUAUGGUUGAUAGUCAAUAUAGCUAGAUUAUAUACUGUAGAUAUUCAUGGUAACCAUAGACAAAUAGAAAAAAGUGAAAAUAGUUAUUUUAUGUUAGAAACAAUAGUUAAGAAGACACUUGCAAAGAAUGAUUUGAGUGAAUAUGAAUUAAGAAGUCAGUUAAAGUUAUGUUUAACUAUUUGUCAAUUAUGGCAACCUAAUACAAGUUUAAUUGUUAUAUUGUGGGAUUAUUAUUUCAGAAGAUUGAAUUCUAAUUUUCAGUUGCAGCCCUCUGGUAUACAAGGAUUAACCACAUUAAGUACUACUCCCCUAGCUUUACUUGAUAAAUGUAGAAAAUUUGAUGGAGGACAUUUGGAAAGAAUAGAUCAAGAAACAAGUUUUGGGUUGUUUUUGAAGAUUUUAUCUUUCAAUUUAUCGAGAUUUGUUGAAACUGGUUCUUAUCAAGAAUGGAGACAAAUGAAAGGAAGGUUUUAUUCCAAGUUUCAUCAGAGACGAUUACAAGAAUUAUCAGAGACAGGUCUAGAGAAUUUUACCAGUUUAUUUAUAACAUUAUCUAUUACUGUAGAAUUAGAGGAUGUGGCUGGUAAACUGGUAGAUUUUUAUAAUAUGUUAGAGUUUAAGUUAUUAUCUAUCAAUAAACGCUGUGUUAUAUUAAGAGGUUGUCUAGCUUUAAUACAUAUCUAUGUUGAAAGAAAUAUGGAUACUUGUUUUAUUGUGGAUAAGAUUGUAAAGUAUUUUGAUAUCUUGUGUAGAGAAAUGGAGGAAGUUGGAGAUCCUCAAAAACAUCACAGUAUCUGGAAGUUAUUUUCUUUGUAUAUCGAUAGUUUCUUAGAUAUAUUAGAAUCAAAUUCCACUUUAUCCUGCUCACAGUAUAAACUUUUAGGUAAUGGUCUUGGUAAUGUAUGGAAUAAUUUGGGACAGAAUGAAUUAAGACAUUGUUUAGGAGUAUUUACUAAUGUCCUUGCUAAAUUAAGGUCUAUUAUGGAAAACCAUGAAGCGAAUCCUCAUCUACAUCAAACAUCUACAUCUCAACAUGGAGAAUUAGCCCAUGCUUUAUGGCAGUUAGUUUUUCCUUUUAUUAAAGAACAUAGUUGUACACAGACACCACCUUCUAACCUAGCAGAUUUAGCUUCAUCUUUUACUAUGUUAUCACAUCACAUUCCACCCUCAUUAGUACCAGCUGAUAAAUAUGUUAAUCACUUUAAAUAUUUCGGCUUAUCAGAAAAUGUUCAUGUUAGUGUAAGUUGUCGGUAUUUAUCAUUGGUAUUUAACGAAGCUGGUGCCAAAGAUUCUAUAUUAAAUACAUGUCAACAAUCAACAUUAAUACAAGCCUGGUUCCGUUGUAUUAUAUUAUUACCUUCUACAACUCUUGAAUUACAUAAUAUAACCAGGGUAAUGUUGGAAUUGAGUGAAGUGAAGAAAGUUUUAAAUGAUGUUGGACAAAGUUCUAUCCCACAAAUAGAGAACGCACCUAAGAUAUUUAUUAAGUCUCUAGGUAGACUUUAUCAGAAUGCUCAGAAUUUAAAGGAGAAAAUGAUAUUAAGAGAUCAAGUAAUGUGUUAUUUUUCUUUAAUACCACAACAUGUAUCACCAGUAUUAAAAAUAAUGGGACCAGGAGAUAUACUACAUAAUAUAUUUAUUACAGUUGGUUAUAUAGUAAAACAUUGUGCUCCAUUACUAUUCUUACAGUCUAAUCCCAACUGUCCCCUACCAGCUAUAAUAUCAGCUAUGGUAACACCUCAUUUUAUUCUUAAUACCAACAAACCUGUUAAUUCAGCAUUCCUAGCUGUACUUAAAGAUACACUUUAUAUGUUUAUUCAAGGAUUAAGUAAGUUAGAUUUUAGAAGAGCGCCCUAUGUUGAGAGAAGAUUAAAAGAUAUAGUUGGUAUUUAUUUAGAAAAGUUUUCUAUCAAAUCUAGUAGCACUUUUAAUGAAUCAACAUCUAUUCAUCCAUUAAUAAGCUGCUUGAGUGAAUCUUUUAUUAAAUCACCUACACAACAAAACAUCAAUUUCCGGCAUUUUAUAUUUGAAAUAGUACAUGAGAAAUAUUUGAGGUUAAAAAAUUUGACCUUGCCGUCUUCAGCUAAUCUAGGUCUGUUGUAUGUAACUGAAGUUUUUCAGAGAACAUCUAGUGGAGAAGUUAUUGCUAGAGAUCAUAAAGUAUUAAUGAUGACAAUAUUAGAAUAUAUUCUAUUUUCAACUACACCAGCUAUGAAACAACAUGCUAGCAAAAUAAUGCAGUUUAUAUUGGAAGCUUGUUAUAAAAACUCUUCAAUUGUACCUUGUAAAGAAUUAGAAGUUAUAAUAAGAAGGUUUAUUGAGUUAUAUUAUAAGAUGUAUUUUGAUGGUGUAUUUAGUAUAUUAGAGACUAUAGCAGUACUAUAUCAAGAUAUAAUAGUUAAUCUGGUACCAUACUGUUCUGAGUUAGUCAUCAAUUUAGAAAUUAAACGUGGUGCUGGUUUAGAUAGUAAAAUUAGGAAAACCUAUUACAGUUUAUUACACUUGGUGGGUGAAGUUGGUUUAUUAGAAAUACAGAGAUUACAACAAACUACUUCUACUAAUACAUGA